GGAAGACGCAGAAAUCGUCACCGUCAACAACAAAAACAAAAACCCGCUAGAAACUACAGGUGGCGUCUUGAAAAUCUACUACAUUUCCUUUCCUUGCUCGCCAUGAAGGACAAAGACACAGUCGACAUGCUACUAAAGGAGAAGAGACUGAAAACCUUUAAGAAAUGGCCCUAUGGGGAAGACUCCAAACUCAACAAGGAGGCGAUGGCUGCUGCUGGGUUUUACUUUAUUGGCAGCAAGAGUAAUCCAGACCUUGUGCGAUGCUUUCUGUGCUUUAAAGAACUGGAUGGGUGGGAGGAAGAGGAUGACCCUUGGGAAGAGCACAAGAACCAUGCUUCAUACUGCCAGUUUGUCAUACUGAAUAAGGAUGAGAGCAAGAUUACCUUCCAGGAGAUGCAUGAGCUGGAAAUGCACCAAACAGCAAACUUUGCGAAAAAAGUUCUAACCAAGAAAAUUGAAGAAUUUAAGAAGCAGUCUCAGAAGUCAAGAAAAGUUCUAGAGAAUAUGAUAUAGUUAAUCCUGAUCUUUCAUAUUCACAUAGUAUUUUAUUUAGAAUUUCUUUAGGCCCUGUUUUAAAAAUGUAAAAAAUCUUGCAUUAUCUAGGCUAAAAACUUUUGUACUGACUCUUGAUACACACAAGAAAAUGCUCAGGUCUGGAAAUACAACUCAUAUUUCAAACUGGUUAUUGUUCAGAAUUUUCUGUAUUUUUUAAUGCAAGAUAGGAUGUAUUUUUACAUGCUAGUAUUUUGGAAGUUGACAAAGAAAUAACCAUAAUAAAAUAUAAAUUUUUUUUAUUACUACAGUGACAGUUAAAAAAUGUGAGAACAGGUGGUUUACAUUUAUUUGGUAAAGCUAUUUCCUCAAGAUCUUACCUAAUGCUUGAUUGUGAAAGACUGAAACUUAUAUAUCUGCAAAGGAAGCUGCAUUUUGUUAGUGGUGGAUGUUUCAGACAUAAGUCUAACUGAUCAUUUGCCAUUACUGGGGUCAUCAUUGUUUUAUAAAGCUUCAGUCUCUGACAUUUUCUUAAUAAAAUCAUUCCAGACAA